CUUUUUUUUUGUCAUUUUGACAUUCGCGACUGCCUGCCUCCCUCUUUGCUGGUGAUCGACAGACGCACGCGCGAGAAGAGGACGAGGCGAUGUUCAACUCGCUGAUCCACCAGCCAUGCGAGGUGUCGCUGCACCUCGUCUCGUCCGACGUCUUUAUCCACCCGCCUCGGCCCACGUCGGAGCUGCCGGGCCACGACCAGACGCUGCGCGGCCUCGUCGAGGUGCGCGCGCCCUCGGAGCGGACGAUCCAGGGCGUGCGCGUCAAUCUGCAGGCGCACCAGACGAUCGCCAUCCCCGAGCAGGUCGGCGGCGGCGCGGUCGCGGGCGCGGUGGCGACGGUGACGCGCUGGGAGGAAAAGGUGCUGAUGGACAAGACGGUCGAGAUCAACAAGGACGGGCGCAUCGUUCAUGCGGGCAAGGGCAAGGGCAAGGCAAAGGAGGCCGUUCAGUCUGGUUCGGCGGCAGCAGCAACAGCAGCAGCAACAGCAGCAGCAGCAGCGGCGGCGGCGACGACGGCGGCGACGACGAUGACUACACCAGAAGACGCAGUCCUCGAGGAUGGCAUCCACCUCGACAAGGGCGUCCAUGGGUUCGAGUUUGCAUUCAUCAUCCCCGCCUCGUCGCCGCCGUUCGAGCGGGCAAAGAACGGGCGGGUGCGCUACGUCCUCACGGCGACGGCCCUGGGCGCAGGGCGUGGUCGCUCGGCCGUGUCGACGUGGCGCGAGAUUUUUGUCAUCCUCCAGGUCAACUCCGAUGGCGGGCCCACGCCCCUCGACAUCCAGUACCACGACAUCCACGAGGCACUCGGCCCGCUCUCGGUGAGCCUGACGAGCGCCAGCCUCACCGUCGGCGGCACCGCCAACCUGUCCCUCUACCACCCGGACCCCCCACCGGGCCUGAGCGUACACGUGGCCCGCGUCUUUCUCGAGCAGACCGUCGAGCUGUAUUCGGAGGUGAAAAAGGCGUGGACGAAGCUGCCGACGGAGAAGCUGCGGGUGUGGGAGCGCGGCUACAUGCCCUACAAGGACCGCACCAAGCAGGCAGACCCCAAUGCGACGCCCGACGAUGCCCUCUGGCUCCGCAACGACGACGACGAGCUGCAUGGCCCCGGUCGGCCGGGACGAGGCUCGUUGAAUGUCCACGGCGCCGUCUCGCCCUUUGCGCUUUCCUCGACCCCUCGCUCGGCUCCUACCACACCUGGCGGUAGUGAGAUGAACCAAUUGCAGCAGCCGUCGCUGCAGCAGGCGCAAUCCCAGUCACAAGCUCAGCCACAGCAGCAGCAGCAGCAGCAGCAUGGCUACAAGAUCAAGAGCGUCGUGCGGCUGCCCGACGAUAAUACGAUCCGGCCCAGCACGGUGCGCGGGUCACGCGCAGAGGUCCGUGUCUCGCACGAGGUUGGUGUCGAGAUCUUCUUCUCCCGCGCCUCUGUCCUCGACGAUCGAGAGAACAGCGACAGCUUUGGGAAGCCAAAGGUGCAGGUCUUUAGCAUGCGCAGGGCCACGGUGAUUCCCAGCUGCCUGUGCACCUUUGACACCAUCCACCUCCCACCGUACUCGCUCGAGAGUCCAGCCAACAGCCGCCCGCCCAGUCCGACAUUUGAUGGCUCUGGUUUCGGCGCUGCUUCUUCCAAGGCCAGGGGACCGCCGGGCAAGAAUGCCACGCAGAGCGAGAUCGACCACUGGAGGCUUACCCAGACGCUCCGGGCCGCGCUGCCCCACGCCUCGGGAAGCCAGGCGCAUCACCACCACCACCACCACCAACAACACCCCGGAAGCGGACACCUGAGCUCGGGCGACAACUCGGCCGCGAGGAGCAGGGCGGGCUCGAGGGAUCCCAGUCCGAGGCGACAUGGCAGCAGCCAUCACCAUCACUCAUUUGGCUGGCCGGGGAGAAAGUCGCGCAACUCGAGCCCGACGAGGCAUCCGGCCGAGGCAGGCAGUGGAAGUGGGAGUGGGAGCGGGAGUGGGACUGGCACUGGCACUGGGACGGGGUCUGGAAGCGGCGCUGGUGGCACAGCUGCUUCGUCGACAGCGGCGCAUUCAGAGCCCAGCAGCCGCCGAGGCUCGCGGGCAAACAUCGCAUCGAGCCUGCAUGCGCUCACCCCCGCCCAUCCCCACUCCUCCUCCUCUGCCUCGCACCACCAGCCAACGCCCACGCCCCCUGUCCUGCAGCGCUCCUCGUCGUCCUACCAGCUCUCGUCCUCGAAUGCCUUUCCCACCGUCGUCACCGCCCCUGCGUCUGGCGCCUCGACGCCGCGCUCACUGCCCGCCAACUCGCCCUGGGCUAUGACAAACAUGCCGCCCCGGACGCCGACGUCGCACGACACGUGCCAGUGCGGCCGCACCACCGCCGAGCUCGUCGAGGCCGAGAGCCGUCUCUUGGAAGGCGCGCCCACGGCCCCGGGAGCCUGGAUCGACGCCCACGACGAGGGCCAGCUCCCGCCGCCGUGGACGCCCAGCCGGCCAAGCAGCCCCACGACGAACUCAAAUGGCGACGACGUCGUGUGGUCUACAAACGGGGCCGGCCACCAUCACAGUAAUUUCAACCAUGCAGCGGGGGCAGGCAGUGCAAAAAUUGGGGAAAUGAUGGAAAUGUAGUUGUACCGUGACAUGCAUUUUGAAUACAUAGAGACAUC